AUGGAAUCGCAAGAGAAAGAUGUGGAGCGCAUCGAUAUCGAUCCGGAUGGCGACCUGCUGCUGGUCCUCAAGGGGCCCCGUACUUUUGACAAGUCGAUCAUGGCGAGCGCCCCGAUGCCAUUUGCCGGUCUCAUCAGCCUCAAUGCCAAGAAGAAAGAUUAUGUUGUUGAGAUUCGCGUCUCUUCCUAUCCUCUGGUCACCGCCUCGGCAGUCUUCAGGUCGCUUGUGCAUGGACCUUUCAAAGAAGGCAGCAACUACGCGACAGCUCGCAGCAAUGGAGUUGCCUGUCCUUUGUCCCUGCCAGCGGACAAUGUCAAUGCCAUGUUGAUCCUGUGCAAAGUGUUGCACUUCAAACUUCAAAUGCCCACUCCAAGUCUGAAACUAAUGGAAAUACUGGCUGUCCUCUGUGACAAGUAUCAAUGUACUCCCAUCCUUCGGUUCUGUGGAAGCACUUGGCUGCAUACACACCGAGAGGCUAUGAGCAAGACAGACAUCAAUGAGGACUUCAGCCGCUUGUUUCUUUUUGCCUACCUAGCGGAUCUGGCACAAGAGUUCAACGAGCUUGCCUGGCAAAUUCUGCUCUACAAUAAAGGACCGAUAGUUGGGGACAAAACUGGUACACAGCUCUUGAUCAACAAUCCUCUCCUGCCGGCCAAGAUCAUCAAUGAACUCAACAAGAGACGAGCAGCUAUUGUGCGGAACUAUCAUGAUGUGAUGCUUUUGCCCUUCGACAUGGAACAAUGGCCACAUAUCGGCCAAGACUGCCCUGAGGGUAACAAAGAGAUACUCCGGUACAUACGGACCUUGACAAAACACAAGCUCUUGGGCAUCAGCUACGACGAGUUUGCUCGGAAGGGGCUCAUGGAUCUUUGGAGCGUCUUUGCAGAUCUCAACGCCGCAGUCGAGAACAGCGUCUCGUCUACGAACAGUAGCGCGGCCACGAACGGCAUCACGUCGGCGAGGGGGGGUGGGAGCUACAGGGCUUCUGCGAGGGGCAGGGGCAGGGGAAGGGGCAGAGGCUGGGGCAACGCAUGGAACAAUGCCCUUACUCCCAGCGUGCAGGAGGGCACUUGCACGGGAAGCGGAUGCGCAACUGCUGCCAGCUCUCCACCGGAAAAGCUGCUGAAAAAUUUCAUUGCCGAGAGCUUAGCCUCACGCAACAGAUGGUGGUAUGGCUGCCUCGACUGCCUCAAGGGUAAUACUGGUGGGAACGCCUGUCGCGUUUUCCACGCCACGAGGCAAUGA